AGCAGAAUGGCGUGGGGCUACUGGAGCGCAACUUCCGUUGGGGACAGGGGUCGGUCACCUCGUCGUGACAAGGAUAAAACUAUUAAUCAUCAACUUCAACAACAACAACAACAACAACAACAACAACCAGCUCAACAGUAUCAAACACUUGAUUCAUUGCAAGGCACAUCACAAUUGCAAGUUCAAGGCGAAUUGGACGGUGAAGAUCCACCCUGUAGUCGUAUGAUUCAGGGUGGUUCGUUUUAUUCAUAUUCAGCGGCUGCCGCUGCUGUCGCCGCUGCUGCUGAACGUCGAACUUUUCCAUCUAAUUUAGUUGAGGGUUCAACAUCCGGUGGUAUGAUACACCACGUGUUCCCUAGGGAUUUACAGCCAAGGCCGGGUACUAGUAAUUUUAGUCCAUCCCCAGGCAGUGAUUCGGCAGAAUAUGAACAGCCAAUUCAUCUUAAUAGUUAUAUUCAUCAUGAUGAUCCAAGGGAUGUACUUGUGCAAACGUCUUCCAGAAUAAAAUUAUUGCGCGACGAUGGAGAUGAUGAUGUUUCAGAAACUGAACUUGAAGAUAUGAGUAGUACGGAUGUUAUUUAUGCAUCGAAUAAUCGUCUUAUAAGACCAGGAUCAAGCGGAUGUCUUGUUCAUGGACCUUAUACUUCAAGUGAAACCGGUCACUCGCUUCCCUCUUUUGUCACUGAACAUGGUGGCUCGUCCGCUUCGCAAUUUUGGUUCAAUGAUAUCACAUGGGUUUUUCCAAAUGUUCCACCAGCACCUGGAAUGCCUUGUCAGGGGGAAGACAGGAGCAUUUAUAGACGAGGUGCUCGAAGAUGGAGGAAACUUUAUCGAGUGAAUGGACACAUAUUUCAAGCAAAACGUUUUAACCGAAGAGCAUCGUGUGCCUAUUGUCACGACAGAAUUUGGGGUCUAGGUAGACAAGGUUUCAAAUGCAUACAAUGCAAGCUUUUGGUACACAAGAAAUGUCACAAGGUGGUAAGAUCGCCGUGCAUCAGUCAACAGCAACAGCAGCAACCACAUUUGGAACAACAGACGAGCGAGAGAAAUGGUGAACAGCAGCAAUUAGAAUCACCUCAAUCAAGUCCACCAACUCAUCUUGAAGAUGACACGACCGAGGCAUCGACAAUUGAGGAUCACGCGUAUCGCAAUCGAGCAGUCAGCGAUGAAGGAGAGGAAUUGGCGUUGGACGCAAUGGCUGGCGCGGAUGGUGCGGGUGAUAUGCAACGACAGUACUCAUUAAAUGAUUUCGAACUCAUUAGAGUAAUUGGUCGUGGUUCAUAUGCAAAGGUCCUUAUGGUUGAAUUAAAACGUACGCGGCGAAUUUAUGCAAUGAAAGUCAUCAAAAAAGCAUUGGUCACUGACGACGAGGACAUUGAUUGGGUACAAACGGAGAAACAUGUUUUUGAAACUGCCUCGAAUCAUCCAUUCCUCGUUGGCCUUCACUCGUGCUUCCAAACGCCGUCACGUUUAUUUUUUGUCAUUGAAUUUGUACGCGGUGGCGAUCUUAUGUUUCACAUGCAGAGGCAACGUCGUCUUCCAGAAGAGCACGCUCGAUUUUAUGCAGCUGAAAUCAGUCUUGCCUUAAAUUUCCUCCACGAAAAAGGAAUAAUUUAUCGUGAUUUAAAAUUGGACAAUGUACUAUUGGAUCAUGAGGGUCAUGUGAAAUUGACGGACUACGGUAUGUGUAAGGAAGGUGUUAGAGAGGGCGAUACAACGGCAACAUUUUGUGGAACUCCAAAUUAUAUUGCACCUGAGAUAUUGCGAGGCGAGGAUUAUGGUUUCUCGGUAGAUUGGUGGGCGUUGGGUGUAUUGUUAUAUGAAAUGUUAGCAGGACGAAGUCCAUUUGAUAUUGCUGGAGCAUCAGAGAAUCCCGAUCAAAAUACCGAGGAUUAUCUAUUUCAAGUUAUUCUACAAAAGACAAUUCGAAUUCCACGCUCGCUAUCAGUGAAAGCGAGCUCCGUCCUUAAGGGCUUUCUCAGCAAAGAUCCCGCGGAGAGACUUGGCUGCGGUCGUGGUCCAGCUGCUUUUCAAGAUAUUGUCGAACAUCCCUUCUUUAAAGCUAUCGAUUGGGAAAUGUUGGAGCAAAAGCAGGUCACACCGCCUUAUAAGCCGCGCUUGGAUUCCGAUCGCGAUUUGGCAAAUUUCCCACCCGAAUUUACGGAUGAACCAGUACAUCUCACACCCGAUGAUCCGCGAGUUAUAGAUAAAAUUGACCAAAGCGAGUUUGAAGGUUUUGAGUAUGUGAAUCCGUUACUAAUGUCCCUUGAGGACUGUGUGUGACAAGAACAGCAAGCAGAUUAUGAUGAACAACAAAUUGUCCAUUACGAGUUAGAUCAGCAACAGCAGCAGCAACAACAACAACAGGAAUUUCGACAUUGUGACAUGUACGAUGUUAAUAAUGUGUACGAGCUGCGAGAGAGACUGGCUAGUAUUCAUUUUGAACCUUUUCCUGUUGUCAAUUUGGACAUUUACAGUCAAAA